AUGGCCGACGCUCGCUCCCUCCUGCGGGCUCACCGCGCUGCCAAUCGCGUCGAGCACCCCCAUGCCGUCUACAGCGACGCCGGCAAGCUGCUGUGCAAGCCGUGCCGCGAGAUCAUCAAGUCCGACUCGCUGUGGGAGCCCCAUGUGACGAGCCUCGCCCACCGCCAGAAGGCCGCUGCCGUCCACCCGCCGCCGCCGCCGCCCUCGACCGAGCCCUCCAGCAAGCGGAAACUCGACGAUGCCGAGCCGAUGGAUGUCGAGGACCCCGACCGGGACUCCUCGUUGCCCAAGAAGCGGAACAGGACCGCCUCGUCCGCCGCCGAGCCGGACAAGGCCGCCACGCCGCCCGCCCUGCCCCGGCGCACCUCUGGCACCCCGGCCCACGGCGUCGAGAUCUCGAUACCCUCGCGGCCCGCGACGCCGCUCAUAGGCGAGGGCUCUCAGGCGUCCACCCCCAAUCUGCCGCCUCUCGGCCGGUCCCCAUUGAUCGGCUCUAGCUCCGAGAACGCCGUCGCAGCCAGCGCCAAUGGCUCGGCAGCCGCUCCUCAGAUCCCCAUCUCGACGGAGAGCCUGGUCGUGCCGCAGACGGCGGCCGUGGCGCCGGCGCCAAGCGGCAAUGUCGACGAGGCCGAGUGGGCCGCCUUCGAGGCGGAGAUCGCGGCGUCCGAGGCCCGCCCGCCGCCGGCCACCAUCGGGGCUGCUGACUACGCCGACGCCGUCAUCUCGGCGCCCGCCAUGACGGCUGACGAGCUCGCCGCCAAGUCGCAGGAGGAGGAGAACGCCCGCAAACGGCAGCUCCUCGACAUUGAGAUCGCCGACGAGAAGGAGGACGCCACCCGCGCCCUCGAGGACGAGUUUGACGACAUGGCCCAGCUUGACGAGCGUUUCCAGAAGCUCAAGGAGCGCCGCGAUGAGCUGCGCAAGGCCAGCAUGGCCAAUCUCCGCGGAGCGGCGGCGGCGGCGGCGGCCCCUGACAAGUCGGCCAAGCUGGCCGGCAAGGAAAACGCUGGCGCUGCAAAUGGCGAUGAGGCCGAGAGCGACGAGGACGAUGAGGACGAGGAUGAGGACUGGGACGAUGCCUUCAGGUUCCGCGGCGUAUAG